CCAAGAGCUACAGAGUCCGGGUUGCCACAGUAACCCUUGCUCUACCGCCUUUGGCUUUCACGCUGGGGAAAAAAGCUUUCACUCUGUAAACGCCCAGCUCCGUGGACAUGCCUGACACUGGCGAUAUUUGUGGUGGGGCUAUUCAUUGCCGAGAAUCAAUGAAGAGCCCCCCAGGACCAUCUUCUUGCUCCUGAAUCUUCCCACAACUUCCAGCCUGUCCUUCACACAGCCACAAAACCCCAAUAAAGAAUCAGUUACACUUCAGACCCCAGAGGAGACCCCUGCUAACUGUUGACCAGCUUGUCUUGAACCGGACCCUUCAGAAGGAAAAACCAGAGGAGUCUGUGGCCAUGGGGAUUGUGGACGUACCGGGUGGGCAACAGGAAAAGUACGUGAGCCCAGCUUUUGCAAUCUGACAGAGGCGGGUGAAAGCAACUUAAGGCAAAAGACAUUCCCUUGAAGAGGAGCAGGAGAACAGCCCUCGAGCCCUGUCUGCGCUAGGUAAAGGACAGCCAGCCACAUCCCUUGCUUUAGCCUAAAAGCAUCCCCCCAAACCCCGGAGAGAACGCUGGCAGUUGAACUGAUUUUCCAGAGGCAGCAUGGACAUCAAGGAGUAUUUUGCCAGAAUUUCUUACCAGGGCUCCUACGAUAAGCCGGACCUGGCUACCUUAACGGAUAUAUUCCAGCACCACAUCCAAGCCGUCCCUUUUGAAAACCUCAGCAUCCACUGUGGGGAAAGCAUUGAGCUGGACCUGGAAGCGACUUACAACAAGAUAGUGAGGAAGAAACGCGGGGGCUGGUGCAUGGAAAACAACCACCUUUUAUCUUGGGUCCUGAAAACCCUCGGCUACGAUGUCACCCUCCUGGGAUCAAAAGUUUAUGUCCCGGAGUAUGAUGCAUAUGCAGAUGAAAUUGAUCACCUGCUGCUAAAAGUGGUGCUUGACGGCAAAUCCUACAUCGUGGAUGGUGGGUUUGGGAUGGUCUACCAGAUAUGGCAGCCGUUGGAGUUGAUUUCGGGGAUAGACCAGCCCCAGACCCCUGGGGUCUUUCGCUUGCUGGAGGAGAGCGGGGUCUGGUACCUCGAGAAGGUGAAAAGGAAGCAGUGGGUUCCCAACCAAACCGUCUCCACUUCCCACAACGUGGAAAAAGAAGUUUGCCGUCGGGUUUAUCUCUUUACCCUUCAGCCACGAGACAUCGAAGAGUUCAGAGACCGCAACGCCCACCUGCAGACAGCGCCGGACUCGCUCUUUGUGACAAAGUCCAUGUGCAGCCUGCAGACCCCCGAUGGCGUCCGGGUUCUGGUGGGGUGGAAACUCACCGAGAUAAAGUACAAUUAUAAGGAUAAUAUGGAUCUGGUGGAAAUCAGAAUCGUUGCAGACGAAGAAAUGGAGAAAACACUGAAAGACAAAUUCAAUGUAACACUAGACAAGAAAUUUGUACCCGUCAAUACAAGCAGGUUGUCUCUGUUUUAACUCACUGCCUGAAUUAUAAUUCAAUCCAGUGGCAUUACAUGCAAUCCUUCCCCCUAUUUCUGAUAAGCAUCUAAAGGUUAAGCUUUCUCUUUCCAUCUACACCAGUGUAAGGCAGAACGUAUUAGCAUGAAUCUGGAAAAGAAAUUGAUUUUCACAACUGCUCCUGCAUCUCUUUUUGGUUUGGGUACAAAUAAUUUCUUCCUAGCUCAAUCAAAUCACUGCCCUUCUGUCUGUGCUUAGCUGGAAGCAGGCUCUGGCUGUUCCCUACUCCUUUCAUCUCUUAAAAGCUUUUCCAAAUACACCCAGAGUAGCAGGGCAGAGCGAUGGAGCUGUAUGUCUUGUUCUUUAUUACUUUGCACUGCCACCUGGGGAAAAUCAUACCCACCUCUUAAAUGAAGUCCGUAUUAUUUUGGGAAUUUAAUAGCCAGAAAAA